AUUUUUAUGUAGCGUCGCGUCGAUCUGCGUCGUCGACUUUUCUCUUUACGCGCGCUGUUUUCUCUGCCACCCCCGCAAACCCGAUGCAAAGAAAAAAAGAAAGAAAACAACGGCUCGAUUAAUUCUUCAUCCGCGAGUGUUUGUUUCUGCUGCUCAGUGAUCGAAGGAUUUAUCGAUAAAAUGACUGAAAGUUGUUUCAAACACGUGUCAAUGGGUAGUGAAGGAAGAUUCUACGAUCGACGAGCAAACGAUGAUAUUUCGCGACAAUAUUUCUUGCUUGAUGCUGCGAAAGGAAGAGUGUAAAGAAAAGCGCGCGAAAAUUGAAAGGAAAGACUCGAGGAUUUUCAGUGAUUAUGGUCGGUUUAUAUGUCGGCUGAUAUUGAUGAUCUAAGGGUUGAUAUUCGACAAAAUCUUCACUCGGAUCGAUUUCGAAUAGAUUGCAGGCCUGUCUCGUGUCGUUGCUUGGACCUAUUCCAGGCAAACCGAAAAUCAGUGGCGAGCCAACGUGAUCGAAAACCUCCCCGCAGUGCUUCACCUUUUCUUUGAAUCAUGAAAUAACGUUCACGAAGAAAUACGUCUGGUGAUUAACCAUUAGAAAAAGAUUUUUCAACGUACACCCGCUUCGUCCAUCUUGAAAUGAUUUUUCAUUCGAAAUCUUGUUACUAAUUAAUUUGAUUCCUCCGCACGAAGCGAUCAUACACUUUGUCGAAGUUUACUAAGGCAACUUAUAAUUUUCGAUCAUUUGACCAACCCUUAAAAGCCAUACAACCGAUGAUGCCCAUAAACGGAAAUAGCGUACGAAUGGCUAGUUCGAAGGUUUGAAAGCAUCCUAGAAAGUUUUCCACAUGGGAGUAAUUAGCGAACUCGAUACUGCUCUCGAAUGGAAAGAUCUGUGAAGCGUGCAAUUACACUUCGCGUGAUGGAAUCAUCUUGAAAAUCUAUAGAGAAAGGAAAGCAAAAUUCAAUUUUCGAUCGCUCGGUCGAAACUUGACGGUCAUAGACGAACAGUUUAGAAAGGAUACACCGUACGGACGUCUAGUUUGAAGGGUUGAAAGCCUGUCGAAAAGCUUUACUCCCAACAGUAAUUAUAAUAACAUUCAAAGUUCGUUUGGCAAAACUUUGCGCGUUACGUACCUAUACACGGCAUCGUCGUUACGAAGGGUGGAGUGUAUAGACAUCCAGCUUAAAGGGUUAAAAGCGUUCCGAGAAGCUGCAGAAUUUAAGGAUACGUUCAGAAUACAUAGAUGCCCCGAAAAGUUGGCAACGCGUUUAAAAUCGUGAACGGUGCCGUCGUGAUCGUGAUCGUGAUUGCGAUCGCGGCAGAGGCGAUAGACAAGGUGAGCUCAGGUGUAAGUUGUCCAGGUGGCAGUCGGUUGAACGCUACUUUUUGAACCGGCUGUGUUGCUACGGUGAAUUCUGCGGCCUCGGUGGACACGUAGCAUGGUCACCGUUGAUUACGGCUAUCAUGCCGGUCGUUGCAGGUUAUCGGCGGAAGUGGCGAGCGGUUAGGUCGGAAGCGCGUGGGACGCGUGUCCGGCGAGCUUUAAUAUAGCUGGUGGAUGAGAGGCAGGAGGAAAAAAAGAGAGGAGACGGUGAAGGAGGGGUUGCGGUACGCGGUUGUGGAUGCGGUGCUGGCUGCUUUAAUUAGCGUUUAACCGAAGAGGAAAAACAAGAGGCGUCGGAUUAGAGGUACCAGAGUCGGGCGAACGUUAAUGAGAGAAAUCAAUUUAUUUCUCGUUCCAUUUCGUCCUGUAUAUUUUGACGAGGCAAAAGAAAAAAUGUCGAUCAUGGAUCGUGGACGAUGGUAGAUAAAAAGAGGUCGGAAGUGCGUAAGAUGAAAGUGCAGGAAGUCGCGAGUGAACCGGAUACUGUACGAGGAUGACCUAACAGCAAGUCUCGAUUGAAACCAUUCGUCGUUUGCUUUUGCCUGUUCGCGUACGAGUGCUCUGUGGGAUUCGUGACGAGGAUAACGAGAAACAACGAACGAGAGAACAUGUGGAGUGUACUGUUACUCGUCGGACUAACGAAGGCUGUCUCCAACGUCGCUGGGAUCGCUUCCACCGUUGACGAGAAAUCGGUUCCAUUGGUAAACAUCAGCGUCGUGGAAGGAAAGCCAGCGGAAUUACCAUGCGACAUCACUCCACCGGGAGAGGACACCCUUCAUAUGGUGUUUUGGUUCAAGGACGAGGCCGGGGUACCCCUGUACACGAUCGAUGCACGCGAGAAGCCGGUGACCAAGGCUCAACACUCGUCCGAUUCAGGCGUGUUCGGUCCUCGAGCGUAUUUUCGAACCGCCUUUCCAAGUCCGGCCGUUUUGGUGAUCGAGGACAUCAAGAGACACGACGCAGCUACCUAUCGAUGCAGAGUCGACUUCCGGAAAGGGCAGACACGGAGUUUCCGGUACAACCUCACCGUGAUCGUACCACCGGAACAACCAACUAUCCUGGAUCAAUGGGGCAGGAUAGUAAACGGAACGGCAGGACCCUACGAGGAGGGUGACACUCCUUCUCUAACGUGUCGUGUAACCGGGGGAAAACCUGAGCCUAUGGUUCGAUGGCUGAUCAAUGGUCAGGUGAAGGACGAAGAGUACGAGAAGAAUGCUGGUGACGUUAUAGAGAAUAGGUUAAGCCUGCAACCGAUCACUCGAUCCGAUCUUGGAUCGAAUUUUACCUGUCAAGCAAGAAACACGGACCUAAUAGAGCCAAAGGAGUCUUCGAUUACCUUGGAACUAAAUCUAAAACCAUUGACGGUGACCAUUAGAAGGCCAGGCAAAAAAGGAGUGGGAAAUGAAUCGCUAUUGGCGGGAAAACGUUACGAGGUGGAAUGCGAGACCAUGGGAUCGAGACCACCGGCGGUGAUCACUUGGUACAAGGGACGAAGAAGACAGCUGAAGCACACGACGGACGAGAGAUCCGAGAAUCGAACGAUGAGCAUGGUGGAGUUCGAACCUGGAGUGGAAGACCAUGGAAAAUCGAUCACCUGCAGGGCGGAAAAUCCGAACGUGACGGGACUGUUCGUUGAAAAAUCAUGGAAAAUCGACGUAGUAUAUCCUCCGAUCGUGUCGUUGAACCUCGGCUCGACCCUAAGUCCCGAGGACAUCAAGGAAGGCGACGACGUUUACUUCGAGUGUCACAUCAGAGCUAAUCCACCUUGGUCGAAGUUGACGUGGAUACACGACAACCAAAUAUUGGCACACAACACGUCGGCCAGGAUAAUUUGGUCGAAUCAGAGUCUGGUGCUUCAGAGCGUUACCAGAAGUAGCGCCGGCAAGUACGUGUGCGCUGCGACGAAUGAUUUGAACGAAACGCGAAGCGAGCCUCUUCAUUUUCGCGUCAAAUUUGCUCCGGUGUGCAAGGAGGAUCGAAUCAUAGUUGUCGGCGCGUCCCGGGGCGAGUCGUUGGAAAUCGUUUGCAAAGUGGAGGCCGAUCCACCGGCGCACAAUUUCCGAUGGAAGUUCAACAACAGCGGAGAAACGUUGGAAGUAGCACCGGGUAGAUUCUCGAUGGAGAAGUCGAGCGGUGUUAGUGUGCUGCGAUACACGCCGACCACCGAGCUGGAUUACGGCACUCUGUCCUGCUGGGCGGACAAUUUUGUCGGUACACAGGCGAGACCGUGUCUCUUCCAGCUGGUAGCCGCCGGAAAACCGUUCCCGGUACGUAACUGCACGCUAGCCAACCAGACUUACACCAGCGUCGAGGUAAAGUGCGUGGCCGGUUACGACGGCGGGCUCCCGCAAAAAUUCAUCCUGGAGGUGUACCACGGCGACGUGGAUUUCCUCUCGACCAGCCAACCCCUUUACAACGUCUCGAAUGCUGACGAACCAAGUUUCUCAUUGGCCGGCUUGGAGACGACCGUCGAGGCUGGUGUUCACGUGGCGGUGUACGCGGUGAACGCUAAGGGUCGUAGCCAACCUGUCAUUCUCAGCGAAGUCACUUAUCGCGACGCUGAGAAACGUACCGGACAAGACGCUGGAAUCGUGCUAUCACCGUUGAUAGGUGUGGUGGUCGGAGCGUUGGUCACGUUGGUCCUGAUCAUCCUAGUGGUAGUGGUCAGAGUACGACGGGAACGAGUCUCGAAACCUCGACACGAGAAACCGGCGGAACUUAGCGAAUUACCUGCGCAACAAUAUCCGCUGCAAAACACUCAACAAACCGUGGAAACCGAUCCCGACGUGAUACCAAAUAAAUUUGAGGGUAGCCUGGUCGAAGUGAGCCCGCCGAGUUAUCCAGGUGGAUAUCCCCCGGGACACUGGGUCACGCCGGGACCUACGCCAAGCAUAGACGAGCUCUGCCACAAAUUCAGUGGAAGACCAACGGAGCUGAGGUUACCGUCGAGAAGCACGAUACCGAGUUUACAGAGCAUGUCCAUGACGGGAGUGAUGGUGGGCGGUGGACAGGGUGUGCUGGUCAGUGGCGCCGGCAGCGUGGCUGGCGUGGGUGGCGCGGUCGGUAGCGGGCAGGGCGUCGUAGUCGCUGGAGAAUGCCUGGACGGCGAAGCGAUUAAGAGACGAUUAAUGGCUAACAGGCUGCCAGAGAGUUGCGUUUAGACAUUUUUUGCUAACGCGUUCGUCGUUUCCUGUUCAAUCGACCUCGACGAUUCCCGUAGCCAGUUAUCGAAUUCGAGCCUCGCCGCGACCACUGACCACCCACACGAUCAUUCGAAUCGCGAGGACACCCUCUUCGAGCACGAACGAGCGAGAGUCGUCGAAAGUUUUAUUCCAGGCGAGCAGCUUGCAGACAAUCCACUUGUGUGUCGUUGCGAACGAUCGUACGAAAGAUGCGUUCACGAGAACUCGUCGCUCAAAACUGAGUUCCCCAUGGUCAACUGAAUGGACAAUUGUCCAUCAAACGUUUUUCACUUACGAUUAGCUUACACGUUCCUGUCCUACUUCUUUUUUCUAACAUCGAGAAACGAUAUCCGCCAAAAUGUGUUUCGUAAACGUUUCCUCGAUAGUUAAGCAACAAUUUUUUGUUUCUGUUUCCCUCCCCGAAAAAGACGCUGAGCGAAACGGGAAAAGAGUUAGGUGAAAAGUUGCUCUCGAGUUUUUCACCUGGGUAAAGAGGCUGCAAAGUUGUCUCCUGCUGUCGACGCAACUUUUCCUUCCUACUGUUUCCCAUAGGUCGACUCGAAUUCCAAUGAUCUUCGACAGUGUCUGCUCGCAUAUUUCUUCUUUCCUACGUGAUUCCCGUUACGGUACAAGACACACCCGUGGAAAAUUUCAUAUCACGAACAAAUAGCGACAGCUACGAGCAAUGUAUCGCGGAUACGUCAACCACUUUUGAAAUUAUUAGCGAGAAAGAAAUGUUGACGUUGAUAAAAAUUUCUUCAAACGAAUUGUCCAUUCGUACGAAUGGAUACUUGUGAGCUAUAGCGGAAGGAAAUCGUGGUAGACGUAUACCGAUCGAAUCCUCCAGACAUCGAUACAUUAGGCCAAGGUACCGCGAGCAAAGAUAAAAGCUUCUUGAACGACCCCUCUUCCGGUUCCUUCGAAUGAAGAUGGAUGGAGGAACCGCGCGAAAAUGUACGUUGGAUAGCAGACAAAAGGGAAGAGGGGGAGAGAGGGCUGAGAAUAUUGACACAAAGGGAGAAAAAGGGAGAGCAAACAAGGGAAGAUACAGGGGGAAUGAAAAGAUAACGCGAUGCUACUUUGCUGAGUUGUAGGAAGACGAGUGAAACGCGAGAAUUUCGAAGCCGAUCAAUCAGCUUCGACUGCUGGAAAAUAUAUCUGCAAUAGGAGACGCGUUCCGACGCGGUACAUGAAUUCUCACGUUUUCGAUUAUUUUCAUCAAUAUUUAUCGACAGGGCAAUCUUUCAAAAUUUCAAAAUCUCUCUAAUUUUAAAUGAAAAUUAUUCUAAACGAAAAUAAAAUGGCAUCUUUCAAGAAUAAAAAUGAAAAACUUGACUUAUGGCUGUACUGAAAAAUUAGAUAAAAUAUUAAGUCAUUUUUUUAUAAAUUUUAUCUAAUCUGUAAUCAAAAACGAAUCGCUGUUCUGAUUUCAUUAAAUCCAAACGAGCGAUGAACAGGAAAAGGGAUAAGGCCGAAACGAGGUGGCACGUAGUACCUUUAUACUCUGGUGAAAAAUUCAAUUUAUAAGGUCAGAAAUACCGGGCUUCCAGUGACACUUUACGACGAAGUCAUGAAGCUUGACGACGAAACUAGGAGUGAAAAAAAAAAGGGAAAAAUGAAAAAAUGAAAAUAGGAGAAAGGUGAGUAAGUGUGUCUAUUCCUAAGAGAAUGAAGCGCGACGAAUUUCGUCCAAGACUCUCGCUCAAACUGCUGGUUCGUACUUUUAAUGUGAAAAAGAGAAUAAUUCUGAAAGAAAACGUUAAGUUAUUGUAUGCGUGAAACGUCGAGUGUUUCUUUCGAUGUACUUAAGAGGAAAACACGAGAAGGAUAAUGGAAACAGAUAAAAAAAAAUUAACUAAAAAGUCGUUGCUCGUUAGUUAAUGUCAUAUCGUUGUACAUAAGUAUGUAUCGUUAAAGAAUUUUUCGAUGAGAUCGACUUCGAAACACAAUUGCACGAACGUUGAUGAUCAUUUUCAUCUUUUUCGAUGAAAAUAACGAGAGAAGGACGAAGAGAAAUUAAAAAUCCAUGAAUGGUAAUGGACCUUUUUUUAUCGGCGAUCGUUCGUUCCGAAAGGGUGAAAGCAACCCUCGAAGUUGCGAUAAAUAUUUUUUACAAGGAAUAUAUUCAAAAUUUCAAUUUAUCCGUGUUUUUGGUACUGACACGCAGUUUACGUGUGCAAACUUUUAUAAAAAUUGUUGAACAUUUACCGUUUGAAAUAGCUAUUAAACGAAAACGUUUUUUUUUUAAAUCUAAAACAUGCAGUAUUUAUCAAAAUCGGCGUGUAUCGUUGACACUACUGCGAAGGUAUUGAUUGUUACUCGAUAGAAAACAUACAGUGAGUAAGAAAAAACAUGUGGAAUGCAAUAUUUUAUAGUUAAUAUUGUUUGAGGCUUUUUCGAGUGUAAACCGCGAGGGG